AUAGCCACUUCCAGCAGGCAAUGCAUAUGAAAAUUUGCUUAGUCUAAGUGUGAGGCUCUUUACCUCAUGCAAAGUCCAUCCACUGCCUUUCGCCUGCGCUUCAGACUCCUCACGAAGCAGUUUGCUGGCGUCCUUCUUCAGCAGCUCUUGUAGCUCAUCACAGGCGCUGUGUAUAAGCCUCGACGUGGUCUUGAAGUUCAUAAGUUCGCAAUGUCCUUCAGGAUGGCAGUAGACGGCCUCCAGUACGACGUUGUACUUGAGGGAUUUGGUGACACGCAGCUCAUCUUGUAGUAUAUCGAGCACCACUUCGUUAGCAGCUUCAAUAAAUGGCGAUCAUAAUCAUGGCCCUAGCAGCAAAACUCAACACCCUGGAGAAAGGACCAUACCUCCCUAAGAUCGACGUUUCGGCGCUUACUAACAAAGAGGGCUACUCCAUUGUGGCAGGGAGGGCAGUAAACACCAAAUACGGAGCGUCCAUCGUCCUAGACAUCCAUGUGCCAGAAAAGAGUGCCGACUUCUGUAUAUUCUUACCAAAGCGGUUCAGCGAGGCGUUGAGUUCAGAUGAACUGAAGGAAAUCGCUGAGAGCAAGGCAUAUCGGGUUCAAUACUUGGGGAUGAGCGGGAACUCUCCGAAUAUAAAAAUUUGGAAACAAUAAAUGUUUGAUAUUUGC